AUGUACGUUCACGGUGUGGACGCGCACCGGCUGGUGGUAGGCGUGUACGUCAACGAUCUUGUCAUAACCAGCGGCAACCUCACUGAGCUCGAACAGUUCAAGGAGGAGAUGAAGGGGACAUUCCAGAUGAGUGUCCUCGGCCUACUGCACUACUACCUCAGCCUGGAGAUGUCCCAGACCGACAAUGGCAUUACCACAAAUGCAACCCCUGCAACUGAUGCUGCUGAAUAUAGAAGGAUCGUAGGCUCGCUGCGCUAUCUGGUGAAUUCACGGCCAGAUUUGGCAUUCUCGGUGGGCUACAUUAGCAGGUUCAUGGAGAAACCUACCACCGAGCAUCUUGUGACCGCGAAGCGUGUGCUUCGGUACGUCGCAGGCACUAUCAACUAUGGUUGUUGCUACCAGAGGAAGACAAAAGCUGCUCAACUCAUCGGCUACAGCGACAACGACCUUGUGGGCGACAUCGACACACUUAAGAGCACCACCGAAGUCUUGUUCUUCGUAGGGAGGAACUUGGUCACUUGGCAAUCGCAUAAACAAAAGGUUGUGGUAUUGUCUUCCUGCAAGGCAAAAUACAUUGCCGUAACGACAGCAACUUGCCACGGUGUCUGGUUGGCGCGUCUCCUUGCAGAACUCAGGGGAGAGGAGGCGUGCGCCAUCACUCUGAAGAUCGACAAUCAAACCGCAAUCAUGUUCAGUAAGAAUCUUGUUUUCCACCAUCGCAGCAAAUAUAUUGACACACGGUACCACUAA